AUGAAGUACACAGACGGCCAAGUCACCAACUACUCCUCCCAGAUCAUCGAUCUAGAAGCCAACAAAGAUAGCCCAUCCACGGAAAACAUUCCCUUGUCAACAUAUACCACUGCACCGACUCAGCCUUGUGACACCCCCUGGCCGGGAACUACUCAGAACCAGACAACUGCUCAGGAGCAAACUAAGGCUCCAGAACCGAGACCUACCCCAUCAUAUGGACACAGUUCUGGCUGUGGGACCUGCUUCCUGUUCUUCCUCGCUUUUGCAUUUGCAUUCCUUUUUAUUUUUGGGUGUCUCUAUUUCGCCUAUCAUAACUAUCCUUGGUAA